GGAAUGAUGGGGCUCUUUGAUACACUUGAUCUUGCAUGGUAUUCUUAGGCGACACAUCUUAAGUACUUGCUGCACAGAUAAGGCGGGUUCGCUUGCGCAUUUCGACAAUUCCUAGUUUGCGUACAUUCUCAACACGAUAAUCUCCCGUUGUGAUAUCAUGUCUUCCAAUUACACGCUUCCGGAAGGUUACACGCCGGGAUCAUGGUGGUACUAUGCACCCAAAAAAGGCGCCCCAAUAGUGUUUUCAAUACUCUUUACGGGCACGGGUGUGUGGCACAUCGUUCAAUGCCAGUAGGCAUUUUCAUUGCCUUUGCGAGAUUCCGGGCUUAUUGCUCGCCUUGAUAGCCGGUUUCACAGCUGGAAGGCUACUGGAUUCCUGGGAUCAGCUGCCAUCAUCUUUGUGGCCGGGUUUGUCCUCAGAGCAAUUGGUGCCUGGUACUAUAAUAAUCUCAAGAUUUAUAUUGCGAGUACUGUCAUGCUCCUGGCCGCUCCUCCAAUCUAUGAAGCAGCCAACUUCUUCACGUUGGGUCGCAUACUAUAUUAUGUGCCUUACCAUGCACCCAUGCACCCUGGCCGAGUCGUUACUACCUUUGCCGGAUUGCAGGCCAUAGUGGAGGCGUUCAAUGGCAACGGCGGGUCGCGCGUAGCGAACUCCGCCCUGGAUUCCCAACAACAAGACAUUGGCAAGGCAUUGCUAAAGACGGCGCUGAUACUUCAACUUGUGUGCAUGGGGUGCUUUGUGGCGUUGGCCAGCACAUUUGAAUACCGGUGUCACAAGGCCGGUCUCCUUCCCAAGAACCUCCGAGACGUCCUCCGCGUUCUCUACGUUUCAUGCGCACUUAUCACGGCGCGCACCAUAUAUCGGACGGUCGAAUGGUUUCAAGAUUCCGAGAUAAACUAUCUUGACCCGAAUACUUUCCCGCCUAUCUUCAAGCACGAAUGGUUCUUCUGGGUCUUCGAGGCGACUCUCAUGGUCAUCAACUCGUGGAUGCUCAAUAUCCUCCAUCCGAGCCGCUUUUUGCCCUCCAAUCUGAAAAUAUAUCUAGCACAGGACGGUGUGACGGAGAUCGAAGGCCGAGGAUUCGAAGACAAACGGAAUAUUCUAGUCACUAUCUUCGAUCCCUUCGACGUCUGGGGCCUUAUUACGCGGCGUGAGAGAACAACAGAUAUUUGGGCACAACAGGCUGCAGAGGAUACAGCUGCUCAAGGGGCGGAAUAA